AUGCUCAAGCUCGCCACGUCCGCCCUUUCGUACCAUGCCUGCAGCGUGAAGCGUCCAGCACCGAUCACCGUCCCUCAUAUCCGCGUCCAAGGGCUUGACGAAGAGCUUCUUUGGCCGCUGCCGCCGCAUCAAGUGGCGGCGCUGCAUGCUCUCUAUUCCAGUGGCACCUCGAUCGUGAUCCUGUGCGACAUGUUGUUCGAGGCCGACUCGGACGCGAUCUACGAACACGAGGACGACGCCGACUUGGACGGCGUCGUGGAUCGUCUCGAUCAGAGCGACCGGGCGGUCAUUAUUGCGCUCGACAAGCUCGUCAUCGACACGACGGGCGACGCGGAGGCGUGGAAGCCGAUGAGCACGCAUGCAAGCCUCUUUGGCACCAUGGCGGUCACGCUGCCGUCGGACGCGGUCGGCGGCGCCGUCACCAUUUCGUAUGAAAACCGGACGACGUCGUGGGACACGGUUGAUGACUGCGUGCUUGGCUUUCACGACACUUGCUCGGUGCACGUGGCCCCCAUCACGUCGGGCGCGCGCACGACGCUCUUCAUCCGGGUCGCGAUUCAACUACGGGGCAGCGACGACGACGACGAUGACGAUGACGAUGACAACGACGACGACGACGAUGACGACGAGAGGGAUGAGACGCCAAUGCUUCUUCCCACGCGCGCGGAGAUGAUGGACGCUGUCGCCGCGACCCACACGUACAAGUGGGUCGUCAUCGACAUGCGUAUUGAUAACCGUGGUGCGUCCUCGUCGUGUUCGCUGGACGCCAUGACUGGCUGCCUGCGCAACGCGGUCGAGUACCUCGUGUCGACAGGCGUCCUGGACGUUGCGUUCGUCUAUCCCAACGAGGUAUCGCAAAAUGUGUUGUUCCACCCGGCGUGCCAUGUCCCGGCCUCGGUCGUCGCUGCCGCCACCCGCAAGCGCCUACAGCGCUUUACGUUCAGGGAGCUCAACAUGGCACGUGGACAGAUCACCAUGGUGUUUUGGCCCAAGGCGCACCGCGUGUACUUUGUCGGGCUCGAAACUGCAAUCUCGCUCUUGACGUCGCACGUCGCCGGUGGCAGCACCGACUUGGUCGGGUUCGCGACAUUGCGCGAGUUGGCGUCGGCAACGAUCCACACGCUCUGUAAAGCCACCCGUGCACUGCUCGAUCUCCGCAUGACCUCGGACGACUGGGCCAACCUCAGCGCUUUUGUCGUCAACCAUGGCGACGUCGAUCUUGCAAUGGAUUUUCUCUGGCACGUGGGCGACCACUAUUGGAAGUUCGGCGCGCUAACGAUUCGUCGCGACUGGCUCCGUGUUCUCGUGGCGCGCUGCGGGUGGCGCACAGUACUUGGACCUUUUAUUCGCAUCAUCCAGCGCUCCUACUCCUACUCAUACGCCGGUACGAUGCUCAUGGACUUGGUCGCGGGUCUUGUCGAGAACAACCGCCUUUGCGUGCGGCAGCACCACGCGACCGAGUUUCUUGCCUCGGCGCUCGAAGAGCUUCUUCAAGUAUUCCUGUGCCAGUCCGGCAAUUUUCUCCAAAAUGCGCUCUGUGUGUCCUUGUGCUUGACAGCCGAGUCGGCCGAUCCACUUGUCGGAGGUGCCUUGGCGCAGCGCCUCCCAUUGCCUCUCGUCGAACACAUCGACAGCUUUGGGGCGCCGCGCUAUACGCUUGCAGACGCCCUUUUGUGGUACAGAAGCUCCUUUCAGUAUGCGCUGCCAUCCGUUCUCUUGGCGCUUCUGCCGUCGUUUGGGGUGCUAGCACUCCAGCCGUUCAUCACCAUCGCCCUUCAACUAUUCGGCCCAUCCGAGUACACGUUGUACGACAAUGGGAUCGUGGCACUACUGCAGCUCACACACGGUACGACAAGCUUUGACGCUGCGUUAGACAUUGCAUUGGCAAGCAACAUGAAGACGGCCCACUGGACGCGAUUCCUCCAAACAACGGCGUUGCAACUCGCACCGGCGCAUGCCGCGCGGCUUCUGGCCCACGUCACGGCCCGAUUUGAUGCCACGGUCGUGACCCCACUACACGACACGGACGAAGUUUGCAAACUGACGUCGGACGCGCCCGGCGCGGUCUGGAUCUGCGCCCAUUUCGAUGACACGCCGGGUCUGGCGGAGCUGCUGGCGUAUGCCAAGGCCCUCGAAGCUGCGCACGAAGCACCCAUCACGGUCAUCAUGGACGUUAUCGUACCCUUCCACGACCAGGCCGUGAACGCUGGGCAUUCCGACUUUGCUCGGACGCUUGCAGCGAUUGGGUUGCCGCAACUGACGGCGCGACUGGCGGCGCUAUCGGCGCCGACGAUCGCCCGCGAACGAUCGUCCAAACGAUGCCGAUGGUGUCCGCGCUACUGCGACGAGGUCGCAGAUUUUGCACGGAGCUCGAGACGGGUGAUGUAUGUGAGCGACAAGGUGGCGCGCACCAUGUGUGUGCCGUUGCGACGGUAUCCUGAGCACGUGGGCGACGUUUGUUGGGCCGAGUUGAGGAACAACCAGUUGGUGCUGGUCAACAACACGGACGAGCUUGUGGCCAAGAUGCGCGACGCCGCAACGCGCCUCGAGUCGAGUCUUACGCGACCGCCAAAGCGCCCGUGUAGUUGCUGGUAA